AUGGGCCUCGGAACGUGGGCGUGGGGAAAUAAGUUCCUGUGGGGAUACGACAAGGAAAUGGACGAGGAGCUUAAGGAGGUAUUUGACCUGGUCGUGUCGCGCGGGAUUAAUAUCUUCGACACGGCUGACUCCUACGGAACUGGAGCGCUUAGCGGCCGCAGCGAGCAGCUCCUGGGCCAAUUCAUUAAAGAGUACCCCGGCAGUGACAAGUACCGCAGUGACAUCCGCAUUGCCACCAAGCUCGCCGCGUAUCCCUGGCGCCUCACCCCCGCACAGAUGGUGGGCGCCUGCAGGGCAUCACUGGAUCGCCUGGGCUUGGAGAAGCUGGCGAUAGGGCAGCUGCACUGGUCUGCUGCCAACUAUGCUCCGUUGCAGGAGAGGGUGCUGUGGGAUGGGCUCGUCGCCAUGUACGAGGAGGGCCUGGUGGAGUGUGUGGGGGGCCUGGUGGAGUGUGUGGGGGUGAGCAACUACGGCCCACAGCAACUCGAGCGAAUCUACACCUACCUGCAGGAACGGGGAGUGCCGCUAGCUUCGGCACAGGUGCAAUUCUCCCUCUUGAGCUCGGGUGAAGAGCAGGACGACCUGCUGGCCUUCUGUGAGGCCAAUGGCAUCCGCGUUAUAGCAUACUCCCCCCUCGCUCUCGGCGUGCUCUCGGGGAAAUACAGCGCUGACAACCUGCCGCAAGGCCCAAGAGGUAUUUUGUUCCAACAACUGCUGCCCGGCCUGGACCCUCUUCUUGGCCUCAUGACGGAAAUCGGGGAAAAGCGAAACAAAACCCUGCCCCAGGUGGCAAUCAACUGGUGCAUGACCAAGGGCACGGUCCCCAUUCCAGGAGCCAAGACCGUGGAGCAAGCAAAGGAGAAUCUCGGAGCGCUUGGCUGGCGGCUGUCGUCCAAUGAGGUUGCAGCUUUGGAUGACGCUGCUGCUGAGGUGCCACGGCCAAUGAUCCAAAAUAUCUUCCAAACCAAGUGA